AUGCCUCACAAACACAAAAGACGGCAAAAGGACGAGCGCACGUAUGACCUGCCGCCCAAUCUCAUCGCAAAACCUCUCCCUGUCCGUGAAGACAAAAACAGCAAGAAUGGCGCGAAAAAGAAGCGAAUACAAGAACUGGCGGCUCGAAAAGCUUCCGCCGAGGAUGAUACUCCUCGCGAAUUCAAGCGCCUGAUGCAAUACCAGAAGACGGGGAAGCUACCAUCCGGACUCGAUGACGGACAGGCCACCAGCAAAAAUAGCAAGAAGAGGAAACGCGGAGAGACAGAGGGUGAGAAGAACUCCUCGGUCGCAGCGAUUCCCAAGAUUCUUCCAGGCGAGAAAUUGUCCGACUUCGCCGCACGGGUCGACCAAGCACUGCCUCUCUCCGGAGUUAAGAAAUCUCGUAAAUCGGCUUCCUUGCCAGACCUACCCAAGCUCCGUGAAGAGCGCUUGACGAAACAUGAGAAACGCCUGCGUCGGCUCCAGCAGCAGUGGCGCGAGGAGGAAGCGCGGAUCCGGGAACGGGAAGAAGAAGAACGAGACGAGAAAGAGGCCGAACAUGAAGAAGAGCUGGAACUGUGGAAGCAAUGGGAGCGAGAAGCAGGGAAAGGGAAGAAGAAAAAGAAGAGUGUGAAAUCCAAGAAGAAGCGAAGGAAGGGCAACGACCCGGACACUGCAGAUGAAGAUGACGACGAUGAUCCAUGGGCGAAGCUCAACGCCCAGCGCGCAGCGAAACCAGCCAACCCGUUCGAGGUGGUGCAAGCUCCGCCUCAGUUGUCGACGAAACCGAAGGAGGUAUUGAAAAUGCGUCGUGGCGCCGCGGUUGAUGUCGCAAACGUGCCCUCGGCGGCUGGCAGUCUGAGACGAAGAGAGGAGCUCGCGGAGGAACGGAAGAACAUCGUCGAACAGUACAGGCGACUUAUGGCGGAAAAGAGGCAGCAAUUGUAA